CUAAAGAAGAGCAUAAAGCCACCCGAGAUUCCUUCGAAACACGUAAGAAACUGGGUUCCCAAAGUCCUGGAGCAGAGAAGGCAAGGCCUGGAGCUCUACCUGCAGACUAUAAUUAUGGAAAAUGGAGUUCUCCCAAAGAUAUUCCUGGAUUUCCUGAAUAUCCGCCAUUUUCCGUCAGUGCCAAAAACAGAAAGCUGUGGGUCAUUUGACACUGAAUCAGAGGAAUCAAGCAAACUUUCACAUCAGCCAGUCUUGUUGUUUCUGAGAGACCCAUACCUGCUGCCGUCUGCUCACGAUGCAUUUUCAAACGUUGUAAUUGAAGGCGUGGUUCAUGGAGUUUUCUACCCAGAUCUUCAACCAAGGUAGAGCUGCAGAGCCGAAAUCUGAGGCCACGUCCCUGCAAACAGAUGCUUCAUAUUUACACAACAUUUUAGGUGUGCGAUGCAUCAGGAGGGACGUGGCAUGUUAAGAUACACUGAGCCUCAUUCUCAUUUUCCAAAGCAUAAAACAAAAACCCACCAAUUUCUUCUCUUCUUUCGAUAAGUAACUGGCAUCACAUUUAAAAGCACAUUUUUCCAUUGACAUGACACACGGUAACUUCUGUAC